AUGAGGGUUGGGGAAAGGGAUUGCCCGAGGGUUGGGGAAAGGGAUUGCCCGGGGGUUGGGGAAAGGGAUUGCCCGGGGGUUGGGGAAAGGGAUUGCCCGAGGGUUGGGGAAAGGGAUUGCCCGGGGGUUGGGGAAAGGGAUUGCCCGGGGGUUGGGGAAAGGGAUUGCCCGAGGGUUGGGGAAAGGGAUUGCCCGGGGGUUGGGGAAAGGGAUUGCCCGAGGGUUGGGGAAAGGGAUUGCCCGGGGGUUGGGGAAAGGGAUUGCCCGGGGGUUGGGGAGAGGGAUUGCCCGGGGGUUGGGGAGAGGGAUUGUUGGCCGAAUGUUGAUAGUUGGACGAAUCUCAGCAACGGUAGGCUCAUGAGGGUUGGGGAAAGGGAUUGCCCGAGGGUUGGGGAAAGGGAUUGCCCGGGGGUUGGGGAAAGGGAUUGCCCGGGGGUUGGGGAAAGGGAUUGCCCGAGGGUUGGGGAAAGGGAUUGCCCGGGGGUUGGGGAAAGGGAUUGCCCGGGGGUUGGGGAAAGGGAUUGCCCGAGGGUUGGGGAAAGGGAUUGCCCGGGGGUUGGGGAAAGGGAUUGCCCGAGGGUUGGGGAAAGGGAUUGCCCGGGGGUUGGGGAAAGGGAUUGCCCGGGGGUUGGGGAGAGGGAUUGCCCGGGGGUUGGGGAGAGGGAUUGUUGGCCGAAUGUUGAUAGUUGGACGAAUGUUUGUGUUGUAUUCCGCUUCUUAAAUCUGGGUCCAAACUGA